AUGAACACGAUCAAAAACUGCAGCCUCAAGCGGCUUCGAGCAAGCUGCCUCAAGCAGGUAAAAUCAAAUGGAUCAAUUGACGCCAACGGACCAGUUGUUGCCCGAGUCUCCCGAGCAAUCGGAUCAAAUUUCAGAAACACGCGAAGAAGAAGUGUUGAUUCGACCGAGACAUUUAUCAUCCUUCCCUACCCAGUGGACACAAAGAAACAGGAGAGCGUGGCUGAAGAGAAAGUCAGCGAAUCGGCCAAAGUUGGGUCAACCGAUUCGGACGAAGCGAGUGUCAUUCAAUUUGGACGAUAA